AAGAGAGCAUAUGUAACUUAUUUAUGCUCUCUUGUUAAACGGAGAUAUUCCCCUGGAAUGUUCUGUUAUUUUAAGCCCGUAUUACAUGCUUCAACAUAGUCCCCACUUCCCGCGAGAGAACAUGGACUGGUAACUAAUACGCUAACACGUUUUAUUUAAGUUGACACUCAUACUAAUCGCCUGGCAUAUCACGGUGUCAUCACACAGGCACAUUUACGACGAUGGCUUCGUUUAAGCCUGGCUCAAUGUGUAACAAGGAUCCAGAGUCUAAUAACAAGCGGUUUACUCAUCAAAAUGGCUUUGUUUUAGUCUCAUUUGUCCUUCAUUUGUUGGUUGGUUUGUCAGUUGUUGUCGUGUUCAUCACUUUGAACCAACGACUCGCUGCUGUUGAGAGAGAACUCGAUGACCACAAGACGCAGCUUAAAACUCUAAACCAACAUGCAGUCAAGAACGUGGAGACUACUGUUAGAACUGACAGAGGUUUCAACAGAGCAGAAAACAUCAAGUCACGGCAGUCCCAUCUGCGAGUAAGACGUUCUGUUAUUGACAAGAAUGUUUCUCGCGUUACCAUGGAAACAGUUCGUUCAGAAAUCCAACAGGUUUUCUUGAACAUGACCGCUUCUCAGUUCUGUCAUCCACCAAACAAAGUUUGUAUUCCAGGAAAACAAGGAUCGAAGGGUGUCCGGGGGAAGCGUGGUCCCAAAGGUGCUCAAGGUCCAAUGGGACCCCCUGGCAAGUACGGUAGACAAGGUUUGAGAGGACCCCCUGGAAUGAAGGGACAGAAAGGAAAAUGUGGUCUUUCUGAGCAGGUUUCUGAACCUACCGUUUUUGUUUCCCCGUCAACCCUCACAGUCCAUCAGAACCAGAAUGUUACAUUUUACUGCAAUGCACACGGCAAUCCAAAACCAAGUGUAACUUGGAAGAAAGUGUCUGGUCAACUUGAUGCUAGUAAAACAUACACGGAUCAGUCAGGGUUAUUACAGAUAUUCACAGUUGAUAGUAAUGAUACCGAUAGUUAUGUCUGUACUGCGAAGAGUGUUCUAGGAGAAGCAUCGAAAAAUGUAAAGUUAUUUGUUCAAGGUUUCAAAGCCAAGUUCACCAAUCUCGGCGCAACAGGUCGUCUUGGUCCAACAUCUAUUGGUAGUCAUUACAAUUGUCAAAGUCAUUAUGGACAGGUUACUUUAUCAUCUGGUAUACAAAUAUGGAAAGUACCACUUACUGGUUCGUAUAAAAUAGAAGCUGUUGGUGCUAGCGGUGGCUAUGACAAUAAACAGAAUUCCCGCCUUUACCGUGGACGGGGUGCUCGUAUGAUUGGUACAUUUCAACUUCUAGAAGGAGAAUUAAUCAAAAUACUCGUGGGACAAGAGGGUGGAAUUAAUACUGUAUCCAGCUCUUCUGGUGGAGGAGGAGGUAGCUUUGUUGUUAGAAAUGACAGCUCCCCCCUGAUCAUUGCUGGUGGAGGUGCUGGAAUCAAAUUUGCUACACGACGAUACUCUAGUGCUGAUGCUAAUGUGACCACAUCUGGUAAUCAUGGACAUGGAGGAACUGAGUGGGCAGGAGGACGUGACGGCCAAGGCGCCAGAGUUGAUAUAUCAUCAGACAAUUCAGGUACGGGAAAGAUUACAAGAGAGUAUCAUUGUUAA